AUGCUUUUGAGACCACACAGAAUUAUCACCCAAACCAAUGCUACCCCAACCUUUCCUUUCGAAAAACUACCCAGGGAACUGCAGGAUGAAGUGUGGAAGAACUCGGAUGAAGUAGAUACUUUAUGGAGACCCACGGUUCAGGCCCAGAACUCGUUGGAGUUAGCACGGGACAUGAUCCGCCCAAAAGACGCAAACGGGAAGUGGCUUGCAAGGUUUCGCUUUGAGUACUUCGUUUCCCGUCGUAUCCCAACACUGGCUCACGUCUGCCGCAAUUCACGACAAAUCAUCCAGGCACAUGCUCCAGCACCUGAACAGACACUCAAAGAUUGGAACCGCCUCUGGUAUAAAAACACCUGGAACGACUUUUACGGCUCAGUCGUCGUCCUCGAGGAGAUUUACGUCGAGAACAAACAGUCGCUGCUACCCAUCCUGCCAAAAGGCAGUUAUCUGGUUUUGGAGCUCCCAUAUGGUCGCCGCCACGGACCCAUCCACAACCUCGCACAGGGGAGGAGACUGCUCGAGUUGAUUAUGGCAGCAAAGCACGAUCAAAUCAAGGUUCUUUUACCAAGCCAAAAACACCACAAGCUUUCCAAAACACCGAUAAACGAAAAGCUGGCUGCGCAGGCGAGGUUUUGGUACGACGAUCCUCUGCUGGUGAGCAUUCAUGAUCUCGGUGCUGGAACGAACUGCGCGACUAUUGCCGCAGUGCUGGUGAAACUUGGCCGUUUAUUGACUCUGUUUUGGAGGGACGGAAAACCAGGGACGCCAUGGUGGAGGAGGCUCUUAGGCCACUCGUGGGUCUGUGGAACAGAGAGAACAAGCAUCGAGAAGAUCGAGGGUUCGACAAACUGA